UUUUGCUGAGGACGUUAAAAAUAUAUUUUUUUAGUUACUACUUUUUUUAAUUUAUUUAUUUUUACCUUUUUAUUUUAAAAAUAUAAUAUAACUUAUAGCUUGAGAAAAUAUUUUGUUUUCUUUUUUAAAAGAUUUCGAAUAUAAAAUAACACAAUCCUAUUGGUUGGUGAAUCUAGAGGUUCACCCCUAGGGUGAACCCAAGAAUAAGUCUUUCCACUCCUUAUUAUACUAUAUUUCACUGGCGGUUCAAAUAUUUAUUGAAGCCUAACCCAACUUCUUUGUAUGUUUAUAUUUUUUUUUGUACAUACAUUUUUUCAUUAUUAGAAAAAUUACAAAUGGGCAAUACUACCCUAAUAUGUGUAUUUUAUAUUACAUUUACACAUGAAUGAAUAUUGUAUUUACUAUGUAUUUUAAUACAAUAUAUAAUUAUUAAAAACUUACAAUAUUGUUUUGUUUCGUACCGAGAUAAGAUUCAUGCAAAUGUUAAGAGAGAUUGAUAAAUCAAUUCGACCCUUUCCUAGUUCAAAGGAAAACAAAUGUGAAGAAAUAUUUGGUAAAUCAUUUCGUUCAAUCGUUCAUUAUAUAAAAUGUAAUAUUGUGACUAUGACUUUUAUAUUUCUAAUACCUAUAGAUUAAAAAUUAUAAUUUCUUCUAAUCCAUUCAUUCUGCGCAUGGCGCGGAUUAUCACCUAAUAUAUAUAUAUUUAUUUAUUUAUUUUGAAAUAGAAAAUCCGGUUGAACUGGUCCGACCACUCAACCAGCAGCUAUACCGAAUCGGUAUUCGAUCCGGUUUUAAAAACAUUGUUUAGUCCAGACCGGUCCUGGUCCGAACCAGUAUGUCUCAAUUAAUCAUAGCCAGUCCUUGCUAACUGAGGAUCUAUUGAGAGGCAUGGAUUAUAAAAGCAAGAUCACUAGAUAAUGAUUUAACUAUUUGUUAAGACAGCUAAUCAUGUGUUCAUGUUUGGGUGUCCACACAUAAUUAAUUUGAUAAUGGUACUUUAUCUAAUCGGUAGGAGAAUCACCUCAUGUGAGAUUCGUUGGGAAAACGACACAUCUUGCCGGUUCAUCUUUACUCACCUUUGACUACAGUGUAAAGCCACAAGAAACUGAGAAAGGACCAUCUCUAAUGCUUCUACUUGCAUCCUUGUGAUAAAGUUUCUUCCGACAAAUCCGUAACCUCAUAAGCAGAAACCCACCACAGGUUUUAACUUUUCCGACAAAAGAACAAGAUGUCAAACGAGGGAGGUGACGGUAACAACAACAACAUAGAAUACAUGAUCAGCCCCAAAAUAAGAAAACCACCUCCGAUUCUAUUACCCUUACCUGAAAACGACGAAGUCACUAUUCCGAUGACACCGUCCGAGUUCAAAGACCGUUUAAUCUUCGGACCCUCGCCGCGAGACUCCUCUCAAUACUUCCAUUCACUCUCUCAGAAACACUCGCCGUCCUCCUCCGCCGCCGCCGCAGACACCUUCCCCGACUCCUCACCGCUAGAUCCCCUCCUCACUCCACAACAGCAGCACGGCCAUCCACUCCACCGAUCCAAAACCGCGCCGGCGAUGGCCAUAAUCGACGAUCUCCACCACCCAAUGCAUCAGCAAAUCAAACUCGAGCCAUCAUCACGUUCUGUAGUAAGACAAGCUUUUGCUCUACUCGUCGUCUACCUCUCCUUAGGCGUCCUUAUCUACUGGCUGAACCGUGACCACUACGUAGUGAAUCAAACCCAUCCCGUCGUUGAUGGGUUAUACUUUUGCAUCGUUACAAUGUGCACCAUCGGUUACGGAGACAUCACACCAAACAGUGUCGUUACUAAGCUCUUCUCGAUCAUGUUCGUUCUCGUUGGGUUCGGUUUUAUCGAUAUUUUGCUUAGCGGGAUGGUCUCUUACGUUCUUGACCUUCAAGAGAGCUACAUGUUAGACUCUGCUAAGCGGAGGGAGGAGCCUGAUAAGAGAAGAUCGUAUAUUAUCGAUGUGAAGAAGGGAAGGAUGAGGAUUAGGUUGAAAGUGGCGUUGGCUUUAGGUGUUGUGGUUUCAUGCAUUGCUCUUGGUGUUGGGAUAAUGCAUUUUAUCGAGAAGAUUGAUUGGUUGGAUUCGUUUUAUCUCUCGGUUAUGUCGGUUACUACUGUUGGGUACGGAGAUAGGGCGUUUAAGACCUUGCCUGGUAGGCUUUUCGCCGCGGUAUAGCUGCUUGUGUCUACCUUAGCCGUGGCUCGGGCUUUCUUGUACUUGGCUGAGGCGAGAGUUGAUAAGAGGAAUAGGGAGAGG